UCGAAGUGGUGAUAAAGCCCAGUUGAAAUGACUAUUGUUAACGAUUCUCAAGUUAUUUAAAUGGAUCGCGAACCACUGUAAAUACAAUUUUAAGUGGUGUUAAACGAAGAAGGGGAUUUGGUAUCACAUGAAGAUGGCAACUUUAAAACAAUUUAAUCAACACACCGAAGAAGAUCAGAAAUCCUCCCUUAAAUGUCGACAAAUUCUCACUGAUGUUUAUAUCUCAGAUGAAAAUGCACUGAAUUGUUCAUCUCAUAAUUUUGUCACUGAAGUGCCAUGUGAAGCAACAAAGAAGGAUGCAUUUUUUACCAGAGUGGAGUCAUACUCAUGUUUGAAAUGGACUGGAAAGCCAUGUGUUCUUUCACCAUUAAUUUGUGCUCAGUAUGGUUGGAUAAAUAUUGACUGUGACAUGCUCAUGUGCUGCAGUUGUCAGAUGUUCCUUUGUGCAACCAUUAAACCAACACUGGACUUGAAGAAAUAUAAAGAACGAAUUUUGGAGUUGAAAAGGCAGCUCAAGACUCAGCAUAAGGAAUUUUGUUCAUGGCCGGAUUUUCCAUGCCCUGACAGGUUCUGCACAAUUUCAAUCACUGAGCCCGAAGAACUUUUCAAUGACUUUCUAAAGCGUUUCAACAGUCUUUGUCUCUUUCGUCAUGAACUACCUACCAUAAAGUCGGAACAACUGAAAGUUAUGGCACUUACUAAUGAUGUAAUUAGCUGUUUGCUUCAGUUAAUUAAAAAUGUGAAUUUGACACCAGAGGACCAAUCAGAUACACUAAACAUAAAGAUGACUGCUUGUACACUGGCCUUGUGUGGUUGGACUGCAAGCAGAGAUCUGAACUUGAAAAUUUUCACCUGCACAUACUGCACAAGAAAUGUAGGCUUAUGGAACUUCCAUCAGUUAGAGAGUGCUGCUGAAGAAUCAGACAACUCUUCAUACUCCCAAACUUCCAUUCCAAUUCAUGAAGGAGGAAAUGGUGAUAAAAUGACUCCCACAUCUAUCUCUCAGUCUUCUGCUUCAUGUCGCAUGAAACUGCGUAGCCAGGACCCCAUACACAUGGAGCAGUUUGAAGGUGCCUCAUCUUCCAUGAUGGUACGCACCCGGAGCAGGGAUUCUCCUAGUCCAAUUGAGGACAUACCAAGGAGCAAAAGACCUUUAACACGCAGCAGAGGGCAUGGAGAUGACCUAGAAGCAGAAAUCCUUUUCAGCAGCCAAAGGAAAACAAAACGCCUACGCCUCUCCUCUUCUAGUGGUCUUGAUGGGCUGUUGCACAGGAACUUGUUUGAUCCAGUUGGCCAACACCGACACUGGUGUCCAUGGGUAAAUGUGAUAACUGAACCUGAAAGCCUAGAUGAUUCAGCAUCUGCAGGCUAUCCAGAGCCUACUAAGUUUGGCUGGAGAGCUGCACUUAGCCUCUUCCUCACAAUGAAACAAAACCUCAGUCCUGUAGAAGGAAAUUAAUCUCAGGAAUCACAUCAUCAUCUCUGCCACCUUCAGCUCCAUCGUCUGUCUUUUUGUCAGUGCCACACAGUCUCCAAGCCAUAUAACAUAGCAGACCUCACUGUUAUCUUGUAACUUUCUCCAUUACUCUGGCAGAUAUCAUUCCUGCCGCUCUGCACCACCCACCCCACCCUGCCUGUCAGUGUCAGUGGUCACAGUGAUCUGCCUGUCAGUGGUCACUGUUGUCUAAUUCUUCUUUUCAUGAUACACCAUACAGGAGUCAGAUCUGGACUGCAGACAUUUUCAUUGUCUUUCUGUCUACCUGAGAUCAGCUCAGGAGUUGUUUCAGCAAAUAACUGAUGUGUGGUAGAUUGUGUUAAGUCUGGAGUGUUAAGUAUUGGAGAUACUAAAUUGUCCAAGACUGUGUUCGAUUUAACCUUGUGAACUGAUGUAACUUGUGUAAUGAGUAACUAUCGUUCCUGUCAUGAAUGUAACCAAAGUGUAAAACAUGAAGUUAAAAUCCUAAUAAACAAACAAACUGUGCUUUUACUCCUCUAUGAUUGAGCUUUAUGUGAUAGGUUUGUCCUAAUUUUCUUCUGUAAAUAUGUUUUGAUUGACCAUAUCCUGACUGCCUUAUUUCUGCACCCUUCAGUUAAUAACAUGUAAUAAUGUUAAUGUGUGUGUAUUUUUUACUCAUCAUGUAAAAAAAAUUUUUUAAACAUAUUGAAAAUGUAUUUGGAUUAAGUAGGUGUUUAAGUUACUAAAAAAGAACAAAUUAAGUUACUGAAAUCUCAUGGCAUUCUUUACAUGAUUAAAAGUAAAUAUGAACACCCCAUUCUAAUUAUUGAGUUCACAUGUUUCAGCCUAAACCAUUGAUGAUAAUUGUAUAAAUUAAAUAAAAUUUCCAGUUGAUUUCUUGGUAGAUGUGCAUGUAUGAAAGGAGCUCAUGAGUUUAAACAACAAUCACUUGUUGCACAUCAGAUGUUUCUGUUGUAAAAUUAAGAUUUAAGCUGCUUUGUCCUGACAUAUUGUUAGAGUGGGACAUUAACUUCUUCUCUAACUUGUUCUUAUGUAUCUGCUUAAAAUGAGAUGUUAAGAUUUUACUGUGUUCUAUGGCUUCUCCAGGGUCCUGAGGACAAGUCAAGUAAGAUAUUCUUCAAAUUUUGCCAAUAGCUGUCUAGUAAGAACUUCUCUGAGGAAAAGAAAUUGAUAUAUUUUAAAAUGCUGAAUUCCAUGAUGUCCAGUUCUCAGUAGUAAUUAUGUUAUUGUUUUAUUUAUUUUGAUGUUGGUGCAUGAUGUAGUAGUACAGUUGUCUAGUUUUGAAUUGUUUUAACUUUAGUCAUGGAGGUCCAGUGUCCUGUUGAGUUUUAAGCUGCCAAACACACCUGAGCUAACUUAUGUAGGACUUCAUAGCUCAUCAUUAGCUCAUGAGCUUGAUCAAGUGUGUUGGCUGCAGGGAAGACUUGAAACUAUACUUGUCAGUAGGCCUAGGUUUUACACUGUAAAAUGCUGUAGAAACAACAACUGUUUGGCCAGACUUUUUAUUUGCUGUUUACACAAGCUUUUUGUACCAAUAAAACAGUACAUUACACUUCUAAAAUGUAUAAAAUAUCA